AUGCCGGACCAGAUCUCCGUGUCGGAAUUCGUGGCCGAGACCCAUGAGGACUACAAGGCGCCCACGGCCUCCAGCUUCACCACGCGCACGGCCCAGUGCCGGAACACCGUGGCGGCCAUCGAGGAGGCUUUGGACGUGGACCGGAUGGUUCUCUACAAAAUGAAGAAAUCUGUGAAGGCAAUCAAUAUUUCUGGGCUGGCACACGUGGAGAACGAGGAGCAGUACACCCAGGCUCUGGAGAAGUUCGGGGGCAACUGUGUCUGCAGGGAUGACCCAGACUUAGGAAGUGCCUUUCUGAAGUUCUCUGUGUUCACCAAGGAGUUGACGGCGCUCUUCAAAAACCUGAUUCAGAACAUGAACAACAUCAUCUCCUUCCCUUUGGACAGUUUGCUGAAAGGAGAUCUGAAAGGAGUGAAAGGGGAUCUGAAAAAGCCCUUUGAUAAAGCUUGGAAGGACUACGAAACCAAAAUAACCAAAAUAGAAAAGGAGAAAAAGGAGCACGCCAAGCUCCAUGGGAUGAUCCGGACUGAAAUUAGCGGGGCUGAGAUCGCGGAGGAAAUGGAAAAGGAAAGACGGUUCUUCCAGCUGCAGAUGUGUGAGUAUCUGCUGAAGGUGAAUGAAAUCAAGGUUAAAAAGGGGGUGGAUUUGCUUCAGAAUCUGAUCAAGUACUUCCAUGCCCAGUGCAAUUUUUUCCAGGAUGGCCUGAAAGCCGUCGAAACCCUCAAGCCCUCCAUUGAAACGCUCUCCACGGAUCUCCACACGAUCAAACAAGCCCAGGACGAGGAACGGCGGCAGCUGAUGCAGCUUCGGGAUAUUCUGAAAUCAGCGUUGCAGGUCGAACAGAAAGAGGACUCACAACUUCGCCAAAGUACAGCGUAUAGCUUACAUCAACCUCAGGGAAACAAGGAACACGGGACGGAGCGGAACGGGAACCUGUACAAGAAGAGCGACGGGAUCAGAAAAGUGUGGCAGAAGAGGAAGUGUUCAGUUAAACAUGGCUUCCUGACCAUAUCCCACGGCACCGCCAACCGGCCACCGGCCAAACUCAACCUGCUGACCUGCCAGGUGAAAACCAACCCCGAGGAGAAGAAGUGUUUCAACCUCAUCUCACAUGACAGGACGUACCACUUCCAGGCCGAGGACGAGCAGGAGUGUCAGAUAUGGAUGUCUGUACUGCAGAACAGCAAGGAGGAAGCUCUGAACAAUGCGUUUAAGGGCGACGACACCACGGGAGAAAACAACAUCGUCCAAGAGCUGACCAAAGAGAUCAUCUCGGAGGUGCAGAGGAUGACGGGAAAUGACGUGUGCUGCGACUGUGGGGCACCAGAUCCGACGUGGCUCUCCACCAACCUGGGCAUCCUGACUUGCAUCGAGUGCUCUGGAAUCCACCGGGAGCUGGGGGUUCAUUACUCCAGGAUGCAGUCCUUGACCUUAGAUGUAUUGGGAACGUCUGAGCUUCUGCUUGCCAAGAAUAUUGGGAAUGCAGGCUUUAAUGAGAUCAUGGAGUGUUGCCUAUCAUCUGAGGACCCGGUCAAACCCCACCCAGGCAGCGACAUGAUCGCAAGGAAGGACUACAUCACGGCCAAGUACAUCGAGAGGAGAUACGCAAGGAAAAAGCACGCAGACGUCUCGGCGAAGCUCCACAGUCUCUGCGAGGCCGUCAAGACCAGAGACAUUUUUGGGUUACUCCAAGCUUAUGCUGAUGGUGUGGACCUGACAGAAAAAAUCCCACUGGCUAACGGGCAUGAGCCAGAUGAGACGGCCCUCCAUCUUGCAGUCAGAUCUGUGGACCGGACUUCCCUUCACAUUGUGGACUUCCUGGUCCAGAACAGCGGGAACCUGGAUAAACAGACGGGCAAGGGCAGCACGGCCCUGCAUUACUGCUGCCUGACGGACAACGCCGAGUGCCUCAAGCUCCUCCUGCGAGGGAAGGCCUCCAUCGAGAUAGCCAAUGAGUCAGGAGAGACGCCGCUGGACAUCGCCAAGAGGCUCAAGCAUGAACACUGUGAGGAACUGCUGACUCAGGCCUUGUCGGGAAGAUUUAACUCCCACGUUCACGUCGAGUAUGAAUGGCGACUGUUGCACGAAGACCUGGACGAAAGCGACGAUGACGUGGAUGAGAAGCUUCAGCAGCCCAGUCCUAACCGGCGCGAGGACCGGCCCGUCAGUUUCUACCAGCUGGGGUCCAGCCAGUUUCAGCCCAGUGCCGUGUCUUUGGCCAGAGAUACCGCAAACCUCACCAAGGACAAGCAGAGGGGCUUCGGGCCCAGCCUCUUGCAGAAUGAGACCUACGGGGCCAUCCUGAGUGGCAGCCCACCCUCCUCCCAGUCCUUACCCCCCAGCACCACCAGCGCACCCCCACUCCCGCCUCGGAACGUUGGUGGCAAAGUUCAGGCAGCCACCUCAGCUAACACCCUGUGGAAGACAGACUCUGUAGGUGUGAACGGUGUCAGCAGGCAGCGAUCUUCGUCAGAUCUGCCAGCUGUCCACCCACCGCUGCCCCCUCUGCGAGUGACAUCGACCAAUUCCCUGACCACCACCCCACCCCCUCCUGUGGCUAAGACAUUAGGCGCACUAGAAGGCGUGAGCCAGCCAAGCAAGCCCACCCAACCCGGGACCUCGCAGAGCAAGCCCCCACCCCUGCCGCCCCAGCCACCCAGCCGCCUGCCUCAGAAGAAGCCAUCUUCCGGGACUGACAAGCCGACCCCACUGGUCAACAAAGGCCAGCCAAGAGGACCUGAAGCUCCGGGUCCUCUGUCCAACGCCAUGGCCCUGCAGCCCCCGGCACCCAUGCCUAGGAAGUCACAGGCGACCAAGUCCAAGCCCAAGCGAGUCAAAGCGCUUUACAACUGUGUGGCCGACAACCCGGAUGAGCUGACUUUCUCCGAGGGGGAUGUGAUCAUUGUGGAUGGGGAAGAAGAUCAGGAGUGGUGGAUCGGCCACAUCGACGGAGACCCCAGCCGCAAAGGAGCCUUCCCCGUAUCGUUUGUGCACUUUAUUGCUGACUAGAUUGCUACUGAACAGAAGGCCUUUCUGUAACCGUUGAGCGUUCCGUUUUGUUAUUGGUACCAAGACUAGCGAUAGCCAGUCUCACGGAUCCAGCCCAUCCUCUCCCCAUUCUGUUCUGAAAGCUCAAAGGCAGUUUUUAUAUGUAAGCAGAUUCUUUUCAUAGGUUGUGUUUUUCACGCGACAUUGCUAUACUUUUAUUGGGAAAAGCAGAAUUUCCUAAAAGUGGGGAGGGGAGGGGACGAAAAGCUAUUUUAACUCUAGACCCAGGAUCCUGCAUUUUCAGGAAAAAAAAAAAUGCUUAAAUGAAUUUGGGGGAUUCUUAUCGCUUUCCUUAACCCGGUUCUGACGUCGGUUCACUUUAGCACAGUCAGUUUAGCAGGCCAGUACCACGCUGCUUCAGUCUGUGGCCAGACCCUGAACUUUAUCCGCAAAUGCCAUCCAUCCAUUCACCUUGAAAGACAUAUAUCCCUUUGAAAACCCAGCCAGUGUGUCUGUUUAAAGCAACUUGGCAAUUUACCUGUUAGCUGUGUACUUUUCUGACCCCGGCCUGUGAGGUGGCAGCUGCCAUGAUCUCCUGCAUGUACGUGUGACCCGUUGUUGUG